GGUAUAAACGAAUAAGUGAAUCCAUCGUCAUCAUCAUCCAACUUUAGGUGAUACUCCGUAUGAUAUUUCGUGACAGAGACGCUCGCCGGCCAGACGCGGCGCUAAUCUCCCCUUGAAACGUGGCGCUUCCGACACCCCUCGGCAACUCUUUCAUCUUCCACCCACCAUCCCUCUACCCACCUAGACAAGCCCAUCCCACCAUCCAUCGCUUUCUCCCUUUCUCUCUGAUCACCAUACCCACUGAGUCGUCUCUGCUGGUGGCAUCCGGCCCGUAAAAUACGCGGCUAUCCUGACACCGAAAAUUGGAGCUGCAGAGCUUCGUCAUCAUCUUGGUUCUCUCUGUCCGAUUCCUGCUCCAUUCGCUCGAUUUGAGUUGAGAGUUGGUAAUGUAAUCCUGUGAAUAUCAUUUGUACAUAUGAAGGACAUAAGAUCAUGGAGGUCAAUAAUGAAGAAAAGAGGUGACUCAUUUGAAGGGGGAACAUGUGGACUGAAGAUGAAACCGCUUCCAUUUAUGGCAAUAGUUUGUACAGUAAUGCUGUUUAUUGGAUAUAGGACCACUAAUUUUCAAUAUCAGCGGACAGAGAUGGAAUCAAAAUUUGAUCCUUUCUACAACUCAAAGGAUUAUGGUGGGGCUGGCAGUAGAUUGAGUAGUUUGCCUCGUGGUAUCAUAGAAGCUAGAUCUGAUCUUGAGUUGAAGCCUCUGUGGUCAACAAGUAGCUCAAAGUCCAAUGAUAACGUUCCAGGUUCUCAUAACCUGUUGGCAAUACCAGUUGGCAUCAAACAGAAAGAUAAUGUGGAUGAAAUUGUUCAAAAGUUUCUUUCAGAGAAUUUCACAAUUAUUUUGUUCCAUUAUGAUGGCAAUUUGGAUGGAUGGUGGGACCUAGAUUGGAGUAAGGAGGCCAUUCAUAUAGUUGCCCAGAAUCAAACAAAAUGGUGGUUUGCGAAGCGUUUUCUACAUCCUGCUGUUGUAUCUAUUUAUGAUUACAUAUUCCUAUGGGAUGAGGAUUUGGGUGUAGAGAACUUCCACCCUGGAAGAUAUAUCGAGGUUGUAAAGGCAGGAGGAUUGGAGAUAUCUCAGCCAGCUUUGGACCCCAAUUCAACUGGCAUUCACCACCGGAUAACAAUAAGAAGAAGAACCCGCAAAUUUCACAGAAGAGUGUAUGAGGAUAGAGGCAGUACAAAAUGUUCUGAAGAAAGUGAAGGUCCUCCUUGCAGUGGAUUUGUGGAAGGAAUGGCUCCUGUCUUUUCAAAAUCUGCAUGGCAUUGUGCUUGGCAUCUUAUACAGAAUGAUCUUGUUCAUGGAUGGGGAAUGGACAUGAAGCUUGGCUAUUGUGCACAGGGGGACCGGACAAAAAAAGUUGGUGUUGUUGAUAGUGAAUAUGUAGUCCAUCAGAGCAUCCAAACGUUGGGUGGGCAAUCUUUUAAAAAGGAUUCAAAUCCCCAAGAGCUGCUGAAAAGGCAUGUUGUUGACGUGAGAUCGGAGAUAAGGCGUCAAUCCACAAAUGAACUACAAGAAUUUAAAGAGCGUUGGGAAGAAGCUGUAAGCGAGGACAAGAGCUGGGUGGAUCCGUAUAAAGAAGGUAGUCAAAUCCAGAAACGUGAGAUCAGGAAAAGGAGGAACCAUAGGCGAAAUAUAAAUCUCUAGACUAACUAUAAUCAUCAGCAGUUUUGUUUUUAUCGUCGUUCUAGUUUGUUCAACCUCAAUUCAGUUUACCUUGCUGCGCCAACCUGUAAUUUGUAGUGUGUAGGUUGAUCGACUGAACGACACAAUUUGUUUAUUGUUUGACCGUUGGUUUUGCCUGUCUUGGUGUUAUAAUCCUCUUUUGCUCUAAAUUUAUUCAAUGGAACAGUUACCAAUCUGGCUUUUCAAUGGCUGAAAUUAGUUAACCGA